AUGGGAUGGCAUACCAUUAUCAGUAUGCAAUCCGGAUUGAAUUUCUACACAAAUCGGGGCAUGAAGAAGGUAAAACCAUUGACCAAGGCCAAGGAUAUGCUCAUCGAUUCGGUCGCAUGGAACAAGUACAAUACAGAUCAGAAUUCCACACAGGAAAUUCUUCUAGGCACUAACAAUGGUGUUAUCUACGAGACUGUUCUACUAAGCGACGAGGGUCGCUUUAUUUCAAACAUUAUCGAACAAUACUGGCGUCAGGUUAGUGUUUACACUAUUCGUGAAUGA